GUCAAGUUGACAAUUAUUGUUGAUUGAAGGGAACAUCAUAGAAAACUAUGGAAAUAAAAAUUCUUUAAUUUAAUCAUUUUAAUCCUAAUUCUGAAUUCUGAUAAAAAAUCUUUCAAUAAUAUUAAAAAAAAAAUCAUAGUAGUUAAUAGUGUAUCAAUAACUCUAUCACAAUGCCGCGAAUAAUGAUAAAAGGUGGUGUUUGGCGGAACACAGAGGAUGAAAUUCUGAAAGCGGCGGUGAUGAAAUAUGGGAAAAAUCAAUGGUCCCGUAUCGCUUCACUGCUGCACCGUAAGUCGGCUAAGCAAUGCAAAGCGCGAUGGUACGAGUGGCUGGACCCGAGCAUCAAGAAGACGGAGUGGUCGCGUGAGGAGGACGAGAAGCUGCUGCACCUCGCCAAGCUGAUGCCGACCCAGUGGAGGACCAUCGCGCCUAUCAUCGGCCGCACGGCUGCGCAAUGCCUGGAGCGAUACGAAUAUUUGCUGGAUCAAGCACAAAAGAAAGAAGAAGGAGAGGACAUGGGAGAUGACCCCCGCAAGUUGAAGCCUGGAGAAAUUGACCCCAACCCCGAGACCAAACCUGCAAGGCCAGACCCUAAAGACAUGGACGAAGAUGAAUUGGAAAUGCUGUCGGAAGCUCGUGCUCGUUUGGCCAACACACAGGGCAAGAAGGCUAAGAGGAAGGCUCGGGAAAAGCAGCUCGAGGAAGCACGUAGACUUGCAGCUUUGCAGAAAAGGAGGGAGUUGAGUGCUGCUGGCAUUUCCGUUCCAAUGAGGCGUAAAAAGAAGCGUGGUGUGGAUUACAACUCGGAGAUACCGUUUGAGAAGAAACCAGCGUCGGGUUUCUACGACACGUCCACGGAGGUGGUGGACCCCAUGGCCCCGGACUUCUCCCGCCUGCGCCAGCAACAUCUCGACGGCGAGCUGCACUCCGAGAAGGAAGAGAGAGAACGCCGUAAGGAUAAAAACAAGUUGAAGCAACGUAAAGAGAACGAUGUGCCGCAAGCGAUGUUACAAGGCGACGAGCCGGCAAGGAAGCGCAGCAAGCUUGUCCUGCCCGAGCCGCAAGUUACUGAUCAGGAGCUGCAACAAGUGGUAAAGCUGGGGCGCGCGUCGGAGGCAGCGCGAGAAAGUGCGGGCGAGGCGGGCGCGGCCACGGACGCGCUGCUCGCGCACUACGCGCUCACGCCUGCACCCGCUACCGCUCUGCGCACGCCCGUCGACCAGCAGGACAGAAUUCUUAUGGAGGCUCAGAACGUGAUGGCGCUAACGCACGUAGACACGCCUCUGAAGGGCGGGCUCAACACGCCGCUGCACGAGUCGGACUUCUCCGGCGCUCUGCCACAGUCGCAAGCCGUGGCCACGCCCAACACUGUACUCGCCACGCCGUUUAGAUCAGCGCGUAGCGAAGUGUCGACGCCGGGCAGCUUUGCUACUCCCGGACACGGCGCGGGACUUCCCGGACUUAUGACCCCCGGCUUGCGUGACAAGCUAAGUAUCAACCCAGAGGACCGAAUGAGCACAGGCGACACUCCGCAACAGUUUACCCAAAUUCAGAAACAGUUGAAAGCGUCAGUGCGCAACGCACUGCAGUCGCUGCCGGCGCCGCGAAAUGACUACGAGAUUGUAGUACCGGAGCACGAAGAUGAGGCUGCCGACACCGCUGCCGCUGCACGCGUCGAGGACCAGGCAGAUGUGGAGGCGCGCUUGACUAGAGAACAGGAAGAGAAGCGCCAAGCAGCUCGCGCGUUGCGGUCAGCAGCCGUGCAGCGCGGCGCGGCGCGGCCGGCUGAAGUGAACGCGAGCGUGGUGCGCACAGGCGGUCCGCUUACACCGUUACAGCGAGCUGAGGAGCUGCUUAAAGCAGAGAUGCUUACCAUGCUGCACUACGACGCAUUGCACGAUCCGCCGCCAGGUGUGGAAAAGAAGCGAGCGGUACAACUGCAAGCGUCACACCUGGCAUAUUUGGAGCAGCACCCGUAUGAGCAGUUUUCGGCGGAAGAGCUGGCCGCGGCUAAGCAGGAGUUGCAGAAGGAGAUGGAGGUGGUGCGCGCCGGCAUGGGCCACGGCGACCUCGGCCUCGACGCCUACACGCAGGUGUGGGAGGAGUGUCUCGCGCAGGUUUUGUUCCUGCCGGGUCAAAAUAGAUAUACACGCGCUAACCUAGCCAGCAAAAAGGACAGACUGGAAUCUGCAGAGAAACGAUUAGAACAAAAUCGAAAUCACAUGGCGAAAGAAGCCAAAAAGUGUUCUAAAAUGGAAAAGAAAUUAAGAGUUCUCACAGGUGGUUAUCAAAGUAGGACAGCAUCGCUAAUAAAACAAUUUCAAGAACUGCAAGAUCAGAUAGAGGUAGCAAAUUUAGAGUUGUCCACAUUCAAGUUUUUAGCUGAGCAGGAGAAAGCUGCCAUUCCGCGUAGGAUAGAGUCUUUAACGGAGGAUGUAAACAGACAAACGGAACGCGAAAAACAACUUCAGAAGCGAUACGCAGAGCUACAGGCCGAGUUAGAAGACUUACACAAGGGGAGGCAAAGCAAGGAAGUGGAGGCGAAACCUGUAGAAAAACAUCAUUAAUAUAUUAUUAAAUAGUCAACAAUACUACCACUUUUAUGAGUUGCAACGGCAAAAUUUGUUAGCGCAGAAAAGGGCAAUCUAACGCCGACUAAAACCGAAUGUACCGCAAUGAAAUACGGACCUUAAUUUCUUGACGUUAUGGUUUUGAACACAAGACCAACACUCAUGUUAUCUCGUUUAUGAUUCGCGCGUACAAAACAUGGCGCUAUG